AUGCUUCUGCUUAUAUUAUUCGGUGUUUCCAGUGUGAUCUUCGUUUUUCUAUACCUUUACUAUUCGCAACCAAUGAAUUAUGUGGUUCGACUGGGGGAAUUGGGAUUUCAUUUCGAUCCGAAAGAUCAAAAAGGGACCUACAGGGAACGUCAGCUGGAAAGAGUGAAAAGAUUGAGAAAAGUGGGCGAAUUGCCGCCCGUUUAUCCGAAUGGUUGGUUUUGCAUAGCAGAAUCGAAUGAGGUGCGAGAGAAAGGGAUUAAAGCGGUUGUGGUUUUUGGCGAACAACUGAGUCUUGUGAGAGCUGAAGAUGGAUACGUUCAUCUUAUCGAUUCGUAUUGUCCUCAUCUUGGAGCGAAUUUGAGUGUCGGUGGAAAGGUUGUGAACAACAACUGUGUGCAGUGCCCAUUCCAUGGUUGGGUUUUCUCAGCCGAAACUGGGAAAUGCGUCCGUAUACCGUAUGAUUCAGGCACGAUUCCGGAACAAGCAAAGAUCUCCACAUGGCCUGUUCUCGAAAGAAAUCAUCACAUCUAUGUUUGGUAUCACUGUGAUGGAUUAGAGCCUCAAUGGGAGAUUCCAGAGAUCGAAGAAGUGAUGAAUGGAGACUGGAAAUAUCGAGGGAGAACGGAGCAUGAGCUACUUUGUCACUGUCAAGAGAUCCCAGAGAAUGGUGCUGAUUUGGCCCAUCUCAACUAUCUACAUCUACAAAUACCGCAAGCAGGCAGUGACGUUUUUGAAUUGAAACUCACGAAUCCCUCUCCGCGACUUUACCAUUAUUGGGACGGUGGUUGGGAGGCAAGAACAGGAGAUGAAGCACAUAUUUCUGUCAUGAAACUUCAACAAGUGAUGAUGAUAGGCAAAACUCAGCUUCCACUAACAGCAAGUCUUUUGCAUGCUCAUCAAAUCGGCCCAGGCAUAGUUUACAUGCACUUUGAUUUUGGUUUUUGGGGUAAAGCUAUUGUUUUUCAUCAUGUAACCCCGGAAGAACCACUAUUCCAGAGAGCCCGUUUCGUUAUGUACGGAGCAACAAAUCCUGUGUUCUCUCGAUUUUUCAUCAACUCCGAGGCUUUACAGUUUGAAAGAGACGUGUACAUAUGGUCGAACAAACGAUUUUUGAAGAGUCCGUUAUUGGUGAAGAAUGAUGGACCCGUGCAGAAACAUCGAAGAUGGUAUUCUCAAUUCUACACUGAGAAAAGUCCUCGUCUUUUGCCGAAUGGAACUGUCUCAAACCAAGUGAAAUCAGUGCUUGAUUGG